AUGUGUGGAAUUCUAUUGCACUAUUGUGCGGAAAAGCAGCCAGUAGACGAUGAACUAAUUGAGUAUCCAGAAGGCACAGAAUUCGCCGGCACUACAAGUAUGAAUGAAUCUUAUAUUUUCAAUAAAAUCAUUCCAUAUAUAGCUGCAAGAGGUCCAAAUUACUCUUCUCUUCGAGUCUCCAAAUCCCACCAAACAAGCUGGUUCUCUUCUGUCCUAUCUUUAAGACAACCUUUUACCAAGCAGAGCAUAACCGUUGACGACAGAUAUUAUCUACAAUUCAAUGGUGAGUUGUACAAUAAAGAAAUAUCUGACGGAGACAAUGAUAGUCAAUAUAUUGCCUCUUUGUUGCAGGAUUUGGCAGAGGAUGGGGACGUUAUUGAUGUUAUAAGAAUGUUGGAAGGUGAGUAUGCUUACACUGUGUAUGACGUAAAGUCAUCGAAAUUUUAUUUCGGCAGAGAUCCCAUUGGCAGGCGAAGUCUAUCCUACUUGGUCAAUUCAAACAAUGAACUAUAUGUAGCCAGUGUGACAGGAGCUAUUGAAGGAUUUAAAGAUUGUAUAGGGGGGGUUGUUUACGAAUAUGACACCCAAGCUAAAUUGUUAAAGGAAAACCAGAAGUUACGUCCUCCAUACGAAGUGACACAAACGGCUGAUUUAGAAUUAAAGUCAUUACCAGAAAUAUCUAAAAAUUUAUACUCUGUGCUAUAUGAAUCUGUAAAGAGGAGGGUAGAGUCAAUACAUCCUGCACAUAUAGAAAACUCACCUAUUGCAAUACUCUUUUCUGGUGGUAUCGACUGCUCAGUGAUAGCAGCGUUGGUAUGUCAAAUAUUGAAGGAGAAUGACUAUAAAGGUGGGAAACCAAUUGUAGAGCUAUUAAAUGUGUCGUUCGAGAACCCUAGAACAGGUCUUUCCCCCAGUGAUACACCUGACAGAAAGCUUUCCACUAAUAGUACAAAAGUAUUACGAAGUUUAUAUCCGGAAAUCGAUAUUAAGCUAGUCGAAGUAGACGUUCCUUAUGAGGAAUAUUUGAAGUGGAGACCCUUUGUUAUCGAUUUAAUGUAUUCUAAACAAACAGAGAUGGACUUGUCUAUCGCUAUUGCGUUUUUCUUUGCCUCAAAGGGUAAAGGCUUCCUUACUUCGCCUCAUGGUGAAAGAAAACCGUACCAACGUCAGGGGAUAGUCUUGUUCAGCGGGUUGGGAGCAGAUGAGCUAUACGGUGGUUAUCACAAAUUUGCGAAUAAGCCGCCUCAUGAACUCGUGGAGGAACUAACGAGACAGAUAAACAAUAUCUAUGAGCGCAACUUGAACCGCGAUGAUAAAGUGAUUGCUCAUAACGGGGUGGAGGUUAGAUACCCCUUUUUGGAUGAACAUGUUAUUGAGUUUUCCACCAAUGAUAUCCCCAUUAAUUACAAGAUAAACAAACUUAUUCUUCGGAAAGUGGCUUCUCAAUACUUAAAACUGGACGAGAUAGCAGAAGAGCCAAAGAGAGCUAUUCAAUUUGGCGCCAAGAGUGCUAAAAUGACUAAAGAUGGUAACAAACACGGCACGGAUCUAUUGAAGUAA